CAUCCAAAAACAACAAGGAAAAAAAUGAUGCAAAUUAAAGUUCCUUAACCCAAACCCUCUAUUCAAAAUCUUCCCCUCUCUCUCUCUCUCUCUCUCAACUUUCCUUCAACCUAAGCAAAGCAAAGCAAAGCAAAAGCAAGCCCUUUCUUAUCUUCCUCCAAACUAUUAGGCUCCAACUCUCAUUUGACUUCAACUUUCAUGCAUACCUUAAACUUUGCCCAACAAAAUCUUAUAGCUUCUCGUUCUUCGUUCUUCGUUCUUCGUUCUUCGUUCUUCGUUCGCAUAAGCUAAACAAAUGAUGGCUGGAAACCCUAAUUGGUGGGGCAUGUUUUCACCUUCCUUCUCUUCUUUUGCUGAACAGCCUCAAUCAUGGAGCCAACUUCUGUUAGGAGAGGAAGAAAGGGUUUUGAACCAAACCCAGAUGGGUCAUUAUCAACCAAAAAAGUUGGAGAAUUGGGAGCACCAAAUCUUGGAUCAUACCACCACCACCAAUCCUUCACCACCUCCACCCCCUAACUUUGUUGAUAUUGUCAAACAAGAAUUUUCCAACACCAACAAAUUUCUUAACUUUUCUUCUCACAAUACUAACUUCCCAGAUCUCACCCACAAUCAACCCGCCCAUCACUUGCCCGAGGUGAGAUUUAGUUGCAAGUCCUUCGAACAGUCGAACCACAUCGCCCCUGUAUCGGGUAGCGCAUGUAAGAAGGCUAGAAUUCAUCCCCCAUCUUCAAGCCAACCACCUCUAAAGGUGAGGAAGGAGAAACUCGUAGAUCGAAUAACCGCUCUUCACCAAAUCGUUUCUCCAUUCGGAAAGACUGAUACGGCGUCUGUGCUGUCAGAAGCAAUUGGGUAUAUCAGAUUUCUUCAGGGACAAAUCGAGGCACUUAGCUACCCAUAUCUGCGCAGUGCACCAAAGCAUGUGAGGGACUCAGGAAGUGGUGGAGAAGAAAUGAGAAGGGAAGAGAAGGCAGUGAAGGAGUUGAGGAGCAGAGGGCUGUGCUUGGUUCCAGUCUCAUGCACACAACUGGUUGGAGGGGACAACAAUGGAGCUGCUUACUGGGCUCCUGCUUAUGGAAAUGGGUUUUGAUUUAAUUUUAAUUACAGCUCCUAAUCAUCAACAAUUAAAGCUUUGGGAAAUGGCUUAAUUAGUAUUAAUAUUAUUAUUAUUAUAAUUAGUAUAA